UGACAGAAAGUCGUAUGUUUUAUUGAAAAAAGUGUAAAAAUUAUUAUAUAAAUAAUUUAAUUUUUUAGUUGUAAUAAAAAUUGUAUUUACCAUGGGAAAUAUUUGUUCAUCUUGUUGUAAACAAUCAUCUUCAUAUGAAGAUUUAACACCAGAUUUGGAAACUAGGCGGAAGAAACAGAUGGAAGCUGCAGAAAGAAGAAUUGCUGAACAGCAAAGUCGAGGUAUUAAAAAUAUUGAUGCUGUUAAAAGACAAGAGAGGUUAGAUCAAUUACGUGAUCAGCGUCAAGAAGAAGUUGAUAAUAGAAAUGUACAAAGUAAUUUGAAGUGGCAAAUCAGUUAAUGGAUUGCUUGGAUGGAAAUUAAAUAUUUUCUGUACCUG